AGUCUUCAUUAUUGUUUCAGCGACCACACGAGGACAGACUGAAGGUUACCUGCUUCAACAGUGCUUGAACGGCAACCGUCUUCUGUCUUUUCCAUCAAUCGACUUCUUUAAUUCCAAGCAUUUUGUUUUCGGUCAAAAUCUAAACUUUUGUUUUAAGACGCUUUGCUUUGAAACAAAUCUGCGCAAACCCGCGUCGUUGACCAUCUCUACGAGUAACAUCAGAAACGCAGUAAAACCGAUUUAAAGAAACAUGAGCUCUCAGGUGAGACAAAAUUUUGAGGAGGCCUGCGAAGCGGCCAUCAAUCGUCAGAUCAACAUGGAGCUCUAUGCAUCUUACGUCUAUCUUUCUAUGUCGUACUUCUUCGACCGAGACGAUCAAGCUCUGCACAACUUUGCAAAGUUUUUCCGCCAUCAGUCCCACGAAGAGCGCGAACAUGCUGAGAAACUGAUGACAUUUCAGAACCAGAGGGGAGGGAGGAUCUUUCUGCAGGACGUGAAGAAACCAGAGAAGGAUGAGUGGGGAAGUGGCGUGGAGGCGCUGGAGUGUGCCCUGCAGCUGGAGAAGAGCGUCAAUCACUCACUGCUGGAGCUCCACAAGCUGGCAUCUCAACACAACGACCCUCAUAUGUGCGAUUUCAUUGAGACACACUACUUGGACGAGCAGGUCAAGUCCAUCAAAGAACUUGGCGACUGGGUGACUAACCUGCGCCGCAUGGGUGCCCCGCAGAACGGCAUGGCCGAGUACAUGUUCGACAAGCUCACACUCGGCAAAGAGAGCAGCUAAAGGCUCCGUCCAUCUUUGUUUUCCUUUGCUGAUUAGUAUUGCUAUAUAAGUGUUUGUUACUCUACAUGCCAUCCAACUCUAUUUUAUGUUAACUGGUCAUCACGUGUGUCCGGAUAUUUAAGCAGAAUAACCUCCUAGCUUGUUGGGAUCCGACAUGCUUUGCUGUUUAAAGUUGCACAUCGUACCAGAAGCCAUUGCAUUUUCUCCAGCUCGUUCACAGUUUGACCUCUCUGCAUCUGCAUGUGCUGCUUGUGUGAUCUGUCAAUCAAAUUAUGCUCCAAAUCCAAUAAAGCAGAAACCUCUGAAAUCUGAA